AUGCUCCACACUAGAGUUCCUGGAACACUGGUUGGUGAAAAUAUCUACUGGCAUGUGUAUGAUGAUGAGACUUUCAAAUUCUACCCAAGUCCGAGUAAUUGUGGUAAAGGAUUUCCUGAAGUUAUAGCGGGCGGGUUGAGAGGAGGAGGUUGCAAAUCUUGGAGCAAGAUUUGCAUUCUCUCGUGUGACAUUCUUGAAAUCUCGACUAGUUUUCCUGUCGAUCACAUUUACCUAGUGACUGCGAUAACUUAUGCAGGAUUGCUACUAGUUUUAGUAGAUAUUGAUGGAAAAUAA